AUGGCUUUCACGACUAGACAAAUUGGUGCUAAGAACACCUUAGACUACAAGGUUUACAUUGAGCAAGAUGGUAAACCAAUUUCACCUUUCCACGAUAUCCCAUUGUAUGCAGACAGAGAGAACAACAUUUUCAACAUGAUUGUUGAAAUCCCAAGAUGGACCAAUGCUAAGUUGGAAAUCAGCAGGGAAGAGACUUUAAAUCCUAUAAUUCAAGAUACUAAGAAGGGUAAGUUGAGAUACGUCAGAAACUGUUUCCCACACCACGGUUACAUUCACAAUUACGGUGCUCUACCACAAACCUGGGAAGAUCCUAGUGUUGCUCACCCAGAGACUAGAGCUCAUGGUGACAAUGAUCCAUUGGAUGUUUUGGAGAUUGGUGAAACAAUUGCUUACACUGGUCAAAUCAAGCAAGUUAAGGUUUUGGGUGUGAUGGCUUUGUUAGAUGAGGGUGAGACUGACUGGAAAGUCAUUGUCAUUGACAUUAACGACCCAUUAGCUCCAAAGUUGAACGACAUUGAGGACGUUGAAAAGCAUCUACCAGGUUUGUUGAGAGCUACCAAUGAAUGGUUCCGUAUCUACAAAAUUCCAGAUGGAAAGCCAGAAAACCAAUUUGCAUUCUCCGGCGAGGCCAAGAACAGUAAGUAUGCUUUGGACGUAGUUAGAGAGUGUAACGAAGCCUGGAAGCAAUUAAUUAGCGGUAAGGCUGUUGCCGGUAAGGAGAUUAGUUUGACCAACACUACUUUGACUGAAACUGCUACUUACGCACCACAAGUUGCUGAGCAACUACCACCUGCUAGUUCCCAACCAGAUGCUCCAAUUGAUAAGUCCAUUCACAAAUGGUUCUUUAUUUCUGGUUCUGCUUAA